UGAGCUCCUCCCUCCUCUCUUUUCCAAAUCCGGAUGCUUUGAUUUACUACUGAAUUUUCCAUCAAAAAGCGCUAAUUGUGGUUUAACUCCGCUAAACAUCUUGUCCCGCCCCGCUAUUUUAAUUUGCAAUUCAACUGAAACUUAAAUCAGGCUAGCGCAACACUCGACACGCAGCGUCGUCCUCUCGGCCACUUUCACCACCACCCACCAGCAGCAUAGCUUCCUCUUUUUCCGUAGAUGGAAUCGUGGAAGCUCAGCCUCUCUCUCUCUCUCUCGCAGUGCACCCACCACCAGUCCACCACCGCCACUGUCCUCUCUCCCUUUGGGUCACUUCUCUGUUCCCUCCUCCACCAUUUUCCCCAUCAGCUCUGCAAGCUGCGUGCUGAUGCGGUCGAACCUUUCUUUGUUUGGAGGCUUUCUCUCCACCAGCGCAAGCUCGACACACACCAGUGUCUAUGAAGGAUAGCCUUGCCCUUGUGUGCUUUGCAGGGACUAGUGCCCCGCUAUUUUGAUUUUAAUUUAGCUGAAACUGAAACCACGCUAGCGCAACAGUCGACACGUAGCGUCGUCCUCUCCCCUUGGUCACUUCCUUCCGCCACCACCCACCAGGAGCGGAGCUUCCUCUUUUUCCAUAGAUGGAAGCUCAACUUUUCUCUCUUGCGGAGGCUUUCUCUCGACCAGCGCAAGCUCGACACGAGCGUCUCCCUACGCCAUGUAGGGGUGUCAGGGCAUCACUUGUGUGUCUCCCUGCCAAGAGGAACCGCACAGAACAAUGUGAUUUGACUCACAUAUAGGCACAGGAGCAUCUAGGCGUGCGUGCAAGGUUCAGCACGCAGCAUUUAACGUUGAGGCCCGAAGCCAUUGCUGUGCUUGUGCUCUCCCCCCUUUUCUUUCUCUCCCAAAACCAACCGAGGUAGAGUGAGCGAAAGAGGAAGAAGCAUUUGCUGCUCUCCACCGUGCUUCCACCACCACCACCACCACCAAGAGAAAGAGGAAGAAGCAUUUGCUCCUCUGCUCCGUGCUUCCACCACCACCACCACCAAGAGAAAGAGGAAGAAGCAUUUGCUCCUCUGCGCCGUGCUUCCACCACCAGCAGCCCCGUCGUCCUCUCUACCUCUCGCUUCUUCCAUCACCACCACCUCAGCUCAAGCCAUGGCAUCCUUGGCCAACCUCAUGAUCCCACUUUUCCCGCUCACCCUCAUGCUCCUGCAUGCUCCUGCACCUGCGGUAUGCGACGACCUAGGUGCAGGCCUCUCUCCAGGCCAUCGCACAUACAUUGUGCUGCUGAGGCCACCCGUCGAAGCCGGCAGCGAGGACGACCACCGCUGGUGGCAGGAUUCCUUCCUGCCAACGCCUCUCGCCGGCUCCGAUGAGCCACGCCUCAUCCAUACCUACACUGAGGUCUUCACGGGGUUUGCCGUGAGGCUCACCGAAGACGACCUCGCCAUGGUGUCCCAGAGGAAGGAGUUUCUGCGGGCGUUUCCAGACCAUCUCUGGCACCCCAGCACCACUCACACUCCGAAGUUCCUCGGACUGGAGAAAGAUGCCGGGCUGUGGAGGGACACCAACUAUGGCCAAGGAGUCAUAAUCGGGGUUCUGGACACCGGCAUAUACGCAGAGCAUCCUUCCUUUGAUGACAGUGGCAUCCCGCCACCCCCAUCAAAGUGGAAGGGCUCAUGCCAUGGCGCUGCACGCUGCAACAACAAAUUGAUAGGUGCCAAAUUCCGUAAUCCCAGAGCAUAUGAUUCCGGAGAUGACACGGGGCAUGGAACACAUACCUCGUCCACCGCAGCUGGGAACUUCGUCAGUCAUGCCUCAGCCCACGGCCUCGGCAGGGGCACAGCUGCCGGAAUUGCUCCACAUGCACACUUGGCCAUGUACAGGGUGUGCAUAAUUCUUGGGUGUGCAUCCUCGGACAUAGUUGCCGGGUUAGAUGAAGCCGUCAAGGAUGGUGUUGAUGUGCUUUCACUCUCCCUCGGCCCCUUUUUUGAUGUCAAUUUCACUGAUGAUCCGGUUGCCAUUGGCACAUUCAAUGCGGUAGCAAAGGGUGUUGUUGUCGUGGCUGCAGCUGGUAACAACGGGCCAAGGUCCUUUAUUGCCAACUCUGCACCAUGGUUGCUCACAGUUGCAGCUGGCUCGGUGGACCGAAGCUUCCAGACCGUUGUGCAGCUUGGCAACGGCGAGCACAUCAGUGGGGAAGCUUUCAAUCAGACUGCGAACUCAAGCUCCAACUCUGCUCCUCUGUAUUGGAACAAACACUGCAAGUCAUCAUUGGCUGGAAGAAAUGUGUCUGGCAAAAUUGUGAUUUGCCAUAACACAGGACCAAUGAAUGACACAGGGUCAGCAAUCAACCAGUCUGACAUCAGUGGCAUCAUGAGUGCCGGGGCGGCUGGCAUAGUCCUGAUCAACAGGAAAGAUGCUGGCUUCACCACCCUUCUGGAGGAUUAUGGCAGUGAUGUUGUGCAGGUGACCGUGGCUGAUGGCAACAAUAUCAUAGAGUAUGCAAGGGCAACAAGCAAAGCCAGUGCCAAAGUCAUAUACAAGAACACUGUGCUUGGUGUCCGUCCAUCUCCCACUGUCGCGGCAUUCUCAUCCCGCGGUCCCAGCACGUUCAGCCCCGGUGUGCUAAAGCCAGAUAUAUUAGCACCCGGGCUCAACAUCAUUGCUGCAUGGCCACCACUCACCAUUCUUGGAUCUGGGCCAUUCAACAUUAGAUCAGGGACAUCCAUGUCGACUCCACAUGUCAGUGGAAUCGCUGCGCUUGUCAAGAGCUCCCAUCCUGAUUGGUCUGCUGCUGCUAUCAAGUCAGCCAUCCUCACCACAGCUGACAUCACGGACAGCGCUGGUGGCCCAAUCUUGGACGAGCAGCAUCAGAGGGCAACCGCGUAUGCCAUGGGUGCUGGCCAUGCCAAUCCUAUAAAAGCUAUUGAUCCGGGCCUUGUGUAUGACCUUAGCAUCACUGAAUAUGCUGGCUACAUAUGUGCUCUCCUCGGUGAUCAAGGCUUGGCAACCAUUGCGCGUGACCCGACGCUGUCCUGCAAAAUGCUUCCCAAGAUACCAGAGGCACAGUUGAACUACCCAUCCAUAACAGUGCCACUCAGGACAAGGCCAUUCACGGUGAACAGAACCGUUACAAAUGUGGGGCCAAUAAAUUCAGUAUACACACUGAAGAUGGAGGUUCCCAAGUCUCUCACAGUGCGAGUCUAUCCAGAGACGCUGGUGUUCUCCAAGGUUGGACAAAAGAAAACAUUCAGCAUUACGUUCCUUUCAAUGCUUAGGUUCAGUUGGGCACUAAUGACUAUUUCGGGUGCUUUGAAAUUAGAUUUUGAUGAUAUUAAGGUCGUCAUCAAUCUACAUGAACAAAGGAGAGAUAGUGGCCGCAGCGUUGCCGCUGGACGGCGCACACUGGAGCUCGAGUAUGCAGCCACGACAGAGCUGCUCGGACAUCACUGUAGGUUGAUGUUCUUUAUCACUCCUGAACACCUUGAACUCUCCUCUACUUGA